UAUUUUCAUUUUCCUCUCCAAAUUAUUUUCUUCUUAAAAUAUCAAAACAAAUAAAAAAAAAACGAGGGAGAGAGAGAGAAAUUGUUGAUUCCCCCUUUUUAUAUUAAUGAAAGAGAUCGAAAGAAAAAAAACCCUGCAUUUUCAUGGAGUUAUUAUAUACGGUGCUGGAUUCAAAUCUAUAAUCUUCUUCAUCUGAUUAUCACAAGCACAAGAUCGAUUUGGCUAAUUUGGUUGAAAUUUGAUUAAUGAAUUGUUAGAUUUUCUCUAAAUUCUCAAGUUAAAUUUAUAGAUCGAAGAAUAGGAAUUUGAUUUGGUGUUAAGUUAUCAUAGGGUUAGGGUAAAUUUACUACAGAGAAUGAACGGAGAUAGAAAUGAUGAAGUGCCAAAUCCAGUUGGUCCAACACAACCACUUGACUGGAAAUUCUCUCAAGUUUUUGGGGAACGAACGGCUGGUGAAGAAGUACAAGAAGUCGAUAUUAUUUCAGCAAUUGAGUUUGAUAAAACUGGGGAUCACCUUGCCACUGGUGAUAGAGGGGGGAGGGUCGUCCUAUUCGAAAGGACCGACUCCAGAGAUAACAAUGGAAAUCGAAGAGAUUUAGAAAGGAUGGAUUACCAAAUCAGACAUCCUGAAUUUCGUUACAAGACAGAGUUUCAAAGUCACGAGCCUGAGUUUGACUAUCUGAAGAGUUUGGAAAUUGAGGAGAAAAUCAACAAGAUAAAAUGGUGCCAGACAGCGAAUGGUGCAUUGUUUCUUCUCUCAACCAAUGACAAAACAAUAAAGUACUGGAAGGUUCAGGAAAAGAAGGUUAAAAAAAUUAGUGAGAUGAAUAUAGACCCCUCAAAAACUAUGGGAAAUGGCAGCACUGCUGGUCCAAGUAUACCCACUAGCCCAAAGCCAUUUCUUGCAAAUGGAGGAUCUCCAGAAAAGUCAUCAUACAGUAAUUUGAGUAACGACCUCGCUUUCCCCCCAGGAGGAAUUCCCUCGCUACGUUUGCCCGUGGUAGUUCCUAGCCAAGAGACAAGUCUUGUGGCUAGAUGCCGGAGAAUAUAUGCUCAUGCGCAUGACUAUCACAUUAACUCGAUUUCGAAUAACAGUGAUGGCGAGACUUUUAUAUCUGCCGACGAUCUGCGUAUAAAUCUUUGGAAUCUGGAAAUAAGCAACCAAAGUUUCAACAUUGUUGAUGUGAAGCCCGCAAAUAUGGAGGAUCUAACUGAGGUUAUAACAUCAGCUGAGUUCCACCCUACUCAUUGUAAUACGUUAGCGUAUAGUAGCUCGAAGGGCUCUAUCCGGCUUAUUGAUCUGCGACAGUCUGCUCUAUGUGAUACUCAUAGCAAAUUGUUUGAGGAACAGGAGGCACCUGGUUCGAGAUCAUUUUUCACCGAGAUUAUUGCAUCAAUUUCAGAUAUCAAGUUUGGAAAGGAUGGAAGGCAUAUACUUAGUCGUGAUUAUAUGACUCUUAAGCUAUGGGACAUAAAUAUGGAUUCUGGUCCAGUUGCAACUUUCCAGGUUCAUGAAUAUUUAAGGCCCAAGCUCUGUGAUUUAUAUGAAAAUGAUUCAAUUUUCGACAAAUUCGAAUGUUGUUUGAGUGGAGAUGGAUCGCGUGUUGCAACAGGUUCCUAUAGCAAUCUGUUUCGUGUAUUUGGUUGUGGUAACGGUAGCAGUGAGGCAACAACCCUUGAAGCCAGCAAGAACCCCAUGAGGAGACAUGUCCAAACUCCUGCAAGACCUUCAAGAUCUCUGGGUAGUCUUACCCGUGUUGUUCGACGAGGAGGAGAUAGUCCAGGUUCGGAUGCAAAUGGAAAUUCAUUUGAUUUCUCAACAAAAUUGCUUCACCUAGCUUGGCACCCAACAGAAAACUCACUUGCUUGUGCUGCUGCGAAUAGUCUGUACAUGUAUUAUGCAUAAUAAAGAUAGUGACGAUCGUAGAAAGAAUUUUUUUUGUUGCUGAGGCUUUCUCUUGCCUUCUGCAUGGAAGAGUUAGAACUUAGUCUGCAACAAAAUCCUCUGCUCAACGAGACCCUCAGAACCGUGGCACGUUUCUCAUAUCGAGGGAUUCAAGGAUGGCAGUUGCGAAACAAAUCCACGAGGAAGUAACUUAUCUUUUGUUCCCAGGCGAGCAGAUUAUUUCUGAUUUUUUUUUGUUCUUAAUUUUUUUUUUCUCUAGGAAAAAAAUGUAGUUUCUGUUCUUAAAUUGUUAUCGUCGAAGAAAAGUGUGAUUGUAGUUGUUGUCCUCCUACAACCGGAACAAGAAAAACUGUUCCAUACUGGUAGGGUUUGAGAUCAAUGCGGGUAGAAGCAGCUUAUAUUGUGUUUUAAGUUACAUUGUUCUCAAUCAUAUACCAUCAUCUGACUAAGAUAUAGGGUCUUAUUCUCAAAUCUUAAGAAAACAAAGAAAAGAGUACUAUUGAACCAUUUUCGUCGACAUAUACUUCCGUUGUGGGAAUUGUACUAUUGAACCAACAAUUUUAAGGCCUUUUGUUGAAUUCUUUUUUAAUUAA